UGGAGCCCUAUCCGUCCGGAAGAUGAAUUUCUGUAUCCCCCGACAAAGGAUGAACAGAUCGUCAAUACUGCUCUCCUGACAUUCCUCGAUUCUCUCACGUUGCAUUUCGAUCUCUCCGUUGGCUGGUCGAUACAUCGUAUGGCUUUUAAAGCAACAUUUACCAACAUGGAAUUUCAGGUCAGGACAGACGGUUAUCUCGCAGACAGCAAUGGGGACAUUAAAGCCAUCGUCGAGGUCAAGCCACUUAUCAGAAAUAACAAGGAAACGCAGAUUCGUAUACAGGAAAGCCACCAAAUUGUAGCGAACUUAUUGGCAGACUACACAUCUCCCCAUGUGCAGCGCCGAAAUAAACCCCAUCGCCUCAUCAUAUCGCAGGAUAGGCACGAGAUCUACAUAUCUGUGGCGGAGUAUGACGACAAUUACAUUGACUAUCUCCAGACUGGGCACACUCGCAACAAUCCAUUCCUAGUCAUGCAUCAGUACGGCCCUUGGGACACUCUUAACCCUGAUGCAAUGGACGAUCUUGGUCCGAUCAUACUAGCACUCACAGCCAUUGCCCAGACCUACUAG